AUGGCCCCCCGGUUCCGUUUCACCCUGCCCCGCCGUCUGUGUGCUGUGCGGGGCUCGGCUGGUGCCCUGCUGCGGGUGGCGGCCGCCCGGCGGCCCCGUGCGGGACGGCGGGUCCGAGGACGGGGCGUCCGAGGACGGGGCGGGCAGGGCUCACCCUUGUCCCGGCAUCGAGCCCCACCCCCGGCUCCCCGCGGCCGGGCCGGGCCGGGCCGGUCACCGUGUCCGCACCGCGGGGCAGCCCCGAGCCCUCUCGGCAGCGCCGAGGCAGGGGCCGCCCGCGGGCCGGUGCGGGAGCGGGGAGGCCCCACCCCGGGGCGGUCGGUGCCGCGCUAGGACCCGGGUGUCCGGGAUCGGAGCAGGAAGCGGGAGCUGGCGGCGGCGGCGGGGCCCGCGGAGCCGGGAGGGAGCGUCGGGAGUGGCCGGCGUGGGGCCGGGGCACCCCACGGCCCCGGCCCCGCCAUGGGUGCCCUAGGGCGGCUGCUGCUGCUGCUGCUGCUGGUGGCCGGGGUGGCGGGUGAGCGCGGGGCCCCCCACGACGCCCUGGCUUGCUCCCAGGGCCUCGCCUGCCGCCUUCUGGACACCGACGUGCUGUGCGGGACGGAGCCACCAGGGCCCGGGCAUGGGCUGUCCCUGUCUGGGCUGCGGCUGGAGCCAGCGCUGCGCUGUGCCGGGCCCACGGCCUGCUCACCCUGCCUGGAGGCACGCCUGCGCCUGGCCCUGCCACCUGGCUCCAGCGGCCAGCCCCGCCGCCCCUCGCCGUCUGGCAUCCCCCGGGCACAGGAUGGUGGCGAGGGUGGACAGUGGUCACCGGUGGAUGGGGCCGCCUCAUCCCAGCCCAACAUCACUGCGCUGCUGCUGCUCUCCGGACACACGUACACUUCCUCCCGCUGUGUGGCCGUGGAGGUCCAGGCACCCCUGGCACCCUCACUGCCUGGCCGACCCCUGGGCUGGGUGACCUUCCGGUGCUUCGAGGCGCCGCUGGGCUCCGAGCUCCACGUCACAGCGUACACCAAUUCGCACGGCCGCCAGAGGCUGAGCCAGUGGCAGCGGGUGCCAGACUGCUCGUGGCCUAAGGCACAGGCUGCCGUCCCCCAGUGCCAAGUGCCUAGGCUGCGCAUCUCCCCGGGGCCGAAGGAAGUGGUCGUGGAGGUGCAGGGGGCCGCUGUGGGGCACAGCUACACCCUCCGGCUCUACCACAACCAGAGCCACAGCACCAGUGGGCCAGGGCGUGCAGUGACCGCAAGCAGCCCCAUGAACUACAGCCUGCCAGCCGAGGAGGUGCUGCCCUGCCUCUGCCUGCAGGUCUGGCCAGAAACACAGGACUCACUGCGGGCCACCCUGUGCCCCUUCUCCCACGACACUGAGGCCUGGGAGCGGCUGUGGGCACGCAGCCAGCUGGUCCUGCAUGCUGUGGGGCAGGUGCUGACCUGCUCCCUCUCGGCGCCCUGCGACCUCCCGGCCGAGCUGGUGCCCUGUUGGCAACUGGUGCCCGCCGGGCCCUGCCAAGCCUUGCCUGGCUUGCAGCAGCCCAACGUGGGGCAGGGACCCCAGGACUUUGGAGGGCUGCGGCCGCACCCCAACCUCUGUGUGCAGGUGUGGAGCAGUGGACAGGUCCAGCUGAUCCAGUGCCUGAGGGACCGAGCGCUGCCUGGCCGCCCUGAUGACCUCCUGCUGCUGGAGCCUGGUGGGAACACCUCGCUGUGUGUCCUGGAGCAGGGCGCCUGCACGCCCCUCGCGAGCUUCACCAGCACGGGAGCGGGACACCCUGGUCUGCUGGAGCGGGAGCUGCAGCGGGACGUGGCGGCUGGGCAGUGCAGGCAGAUCUGGCACAGCAAGAACAGCACCGGGGUCGUGCUCUGGGCCUGUCCCCUGCACAAGUACCUGCGUGCCCGCUGGGCCCUGGCGUGGAUGGGGGUGCUGCUGGGAGCCGCCUGCCUCCUGCUCCUGCUCCUGCUGAAGAAAGAAGAUGUGAAAGGCUGGCUGAAGUCCCUGAGGGCUGGCUACGGCUCUGAGGGCCCGCUGCAAGGCCGGCGGGCGCUGCUGGUGCACGCGGUGGAGCCGGCAGCAGAGCGGGCAGCGUGUGCUUUGAUGGCAGCCCUGCGCCCACUGGGGCUGGCAGUGGUGGCAGCACCGGGAGGUGGCAGCGGGGUAGCGACGUGGGGGCCACUGCCCUGGUUGCAUGCCCAGCACCACCGGGCCCUGUGUGACGGUGACACCAUCAUACUCCUCCUCACCCCGGCGGCUGUGGCUGCCACACACGAGUGGGAUGCCAGGGCCGGGGCCAGUGGCCCCAGCCCCGGUCCCAGCCAUGGUGCCGGCCCCGAUGAAGCCCCCACUGUCGCGCCUUGCGAGGUGUUCGCAGCAGCUCUGUCCUGCGCCAUGCCAGCACUGGUGGUGGGCAGUGGGCACUAUGUGGUGGCCCGGCUGGAGGCCUCGGUGCCGGUGGUGCCGCCAGCGCUGCAGACAGCCCCUGCCUUUGCACUGCCCAGCGAGACGGGGGCUUUCCUGCGGGCGCUGGCGGGACCACGGCAACGGCGGGGCUGGUGGCCAGAGCCAUACGUGGUGGCAGUGGCCGAGGGGCUGCAGCGGGCAGUGGGGGAAUAAAGUGAUGGUGCCUUUGCUGA